UUCUGUCCCCAGAUCAGCGACGAGGAGCGCCUCUCCAAGAGGAAGAGCGUGGGCGAGACGAUUUCCCUGCAGGUGGAGGUGGAGUCGCGCAGCAGCCCCGAGCGGGAGCAGAGAGCCCCGGCUGAGGAGAUCACCUACGAGACGCUCAAGAAGGCCAUCGCGGACAGCGCGCUGGCGCAGGAGCAGGAGCGCGAGCGGCGCCGGCUGCUGCUGCAGCGCUUCCAGCGGGGCCCCUUCGAGGAGAUCGCCGCCCACUGCGGGGCCCGGGCGUCGCUGCUGCAGAGCAAACUGAACCAGAUCCUGCAGAUCAACGUCCGGCCGCCUCCGAGUCCCUCCGGCGCCGUCGCGGCCGUGCUGGGCCCGCCCCAAUCCCAAUCCCAAUCCCAAUCCCAGCCCCAAUCCCAGCCCCAAUCCCAGCCCCACUCCAUCCCGGUGUACGAGAUGAAAUUCCCGGAUCUCUGCGUCUACUGAGCCUUCCCUCGGAAUUCCGGAAUUCCCAAAAUCCCUCGGCGCCGUCGAUUUGGUUUUUGGGAUCGUCCCGCCUUUUGGGGUUUUUUGUUUUGUAUUGUUUUGGGGUUUUUUGGGAUAACGGGAAUUCCGUGGGAAAUUCGGGAAUUGCAGCGGCGGGAAGGAGAUGGAAAACUGAGGGAUGGGGUUGGGAGAGAGAAAAUUCCAAAGGGAAAAUUCCGGAUGGGGAAAUCUCGAAUGGGAAAUCCGGGAUGGAAAAUCCCAAAUGGGAAAUCCGUAAUGGAAAAUCCGGGAUGGAAAAUUCCAAAUGGGAAAUUCCAAAUGGGAAAUUCCAAAUGGGAAAUCCGGGAUGGAAAAUUCCGGAUGGGGAAAUCUCGAAUGGGAAAUCCGGGAUGGA